UUCUGACCUUAUUCUUUAGCUAUCCUCCAGUUCCUCACUUCAAUCACUCCUUCACAGAGCUGAGCUUCGACCCUAGCCGGCAAAAGAAUCAUUCACUUCGAUGGCGGCCUCAACCCCUGAGAUUCGGAUGGCGGCCCCAAGUCUCGUCCCAUCGGUCCUAUGGGCAACGGGGACCCAAUCAAUUUUAUCAUCGAAGAAACCCAACAGAUUCCAUUCAGAGCAUCUGUUGUUGACAUUAGCUCUUGGAGUAAUGCUUUUAGGAACUGACCUCAUAUCCUAGUUGGGUGGCGGGAUUGGCUUUUAAGAGUCAGAGAGAAAAAAGGCAAAUCCUGGGUAGAUGCAGAAAUUCAUCAAUGCAUUACUCUCUCUCUCUCUCUCUCAGUAAUGGAGAAGAAUGAAUCAAUACUGACGGCUGUGUUAUAUUUCUGGUCUAAUUCUGCCAAUGCUUUUAUAUUUGGUCAUGGGCCAAUGAUAAUUACCCUGGCUGAUAUUUUUGUGUUAACUGGGUUAAAUGUUACUGGCUCAGUUAACCCUCAUGAUUUCCUGGGGAAAGGAUGUAAGUCCUUGGGUAAGAUUUCUGAUUUGAACACCUGGCCUGUCUAUAUCAAAGAAUUUUCCAAGACCACCACUUCUGUGGAUGAAAAGAGCAUAUUGCUUUUCUGAAUAUGUGGCUUGAAAAAUUCUUCUUUUGUGGAACUGCUCUUGGACCAACCAAUAGCUGCAGGAGACAAGAUUCAGAUGGGAAAAUUACUCCUUGGUGCCUUCUACAGUUUGAUGAAUAGAGUGACAGCAAAACUCCUGACAAAUGAGAAGGUUGGUCUUGUUCCAGGUCCUUAGUGGUUGCUCCAACUUUGGCUGAAUUUGUAUAUGUACAAAUUUGUGAGGCCCGAUCUUAGAGAACAAUCUUUUCCUGGCUUUGAUUACUCGGAGUGCUCUAAGAAGCCCAAUAGAAGGAAAAGAGGUUGUACCACCUAUGGUGAAGCAGCUUCUUCUUAUUCUGUAGAUUUUUCAAGAGGAAAAUUCUUCAAACUAUUCUACAGAGGUUUCACUGAAGAAUUUUUGACUUGGCUGCCAUAUAUUGAGGACCAGGACAACAAUCUACAUCUGCCAGUAGAUUUCAGAUUUGAAGCUGAUGAUCUGGACGAUGUGGCUACAGGCAUUUUCAAUUGCUUCCUUAAACCCUGCGCUCUUCCUGUGUGAAUUUCAGACAUGGCCAAAGCAAGAUUCCAAAUGACCCUGAAUCAUCUCCUUCCUACGAGUUCUACAACCCAAGCUUCUCAGCUCGGCAAUUCGGCCUUGGUCAGCUUCCUCCUUCUCUCUUCUUUGUGAAUAAGCUCAAACCAAGAGAAAUACUCAACAAUUCUUUGGAAGCAUGGAAGGUUUUCGAUCUUGGCUCGAGCUUUUCAACGUACCAUCUCCACCAGUGGGUAAAGGUCAAAGAUACACAUCUUUCUUUGAUGGAUGAUGGAAUGAAUGGAAGGCACAUUUGUUCUGCAAAGCUGCUCAUCCAUUAUGCAAGAAACUAGAUGCAUCCUAUGAGUCUGAAGGAGAGGAUGAAGAACUUGAAGCACCAUCUAUGGACAAGAGGAACAGACCUGUGCAUUAUUUGAUUCCUUGUCCAAGAACAAGGCUAGGUUCUACUGCUCCUUCUUUGAAGACUUUCAUGAACACAUAUGCUGCUCAACUUCAGCCUCAAAAACGGCAAAUAUCGAGUACUGAAAGUCCUCCAGAAGAACCCAAGAGAAGGAAAACUAGAUCAUCCAAGAAAAUCCAGGAUGACAGCACUACUUCUAAAGCAGCUUCUCCAAUUCCUCAAACUCAAGUAGAAAUUUUGGAGACAGAGGAUGCGGUGCAAAAAGCCAAGGGAAAUAGUGUUGAAUCUCCUGGGAUAGACCUCCUUGCUAAUCAGGCUAUCAAUCUCUCAAGUCAAAGUCAAUCUGAAGAUAUGGCUCCUGAGAACAUUGAUCCUCCACCAUUUUCUGAUCAUGUGGCUUAUCAUGAGCCAAGCCCACAAGAAGGAUGUGAAGCAUCAUCGGCUAAUCCUUAUGAAAAGGCUCCUUCUCCCUCAUUACCAGACUAUGGCAUAGAUAUUUCCAAAUAUUUUGAUGAGAAAGAAGUUUCUUCCCUCCUUAUGGCUAAGGACAAUCUUGUUGCAUCAUCGUUGAACCAAUUAAGGGACAUUUUUGCCUCUUCUCCAAAGCACGGUAGAUUUGGUCCAAAAUUCUCAGGCUAUCAGCCGAAUUAUUGGAGAAGUUAAGGAUUUCCUUCCUUUAGCUCUUCUAGGACCAAUCACCAAGAUCUCUGCCAUUAAUGUUGAAGUCCCAAGAAUAAAGAAGGCUCAAGGUACUAAUCAUGAGCAUAUUACUCUGUCAGAGGAGAAGACCUCAAAUAUAGAGAAUGUCAAAGCCCUGAGUUCUUCUUUGGAAAGCCCUCAAAAAUCUACUGAGGAAAUAAAGCCAGAUCUUGCCACUCUUCAAGCAAAAAAGGCUGCAUUGGAAAAAGAACUUUAGGAGGUAAAUGUUGCCAUAAAUCAGAAAGAAUCAGCCUUGGCACCAAUCACAAAUGACUUGAAGUUGAAGAAAAAGGAGUUGGCCGACUCUGUCCAAGCAGGCAGACAGAUUAUGAAGAAUCUGAAGACUCUGUCUGCAUCUCUAGCUGAUGAUAAAGCUUUAUUAGCCCAAAUUGAUUCUUCCAGGAAGAAUGCCUUUGAUGCAUUAACAAACUUCUUUGGGCUAUAAUUUAAUACUUUCUGUAAUAGUUCUUGUUCCCCUAAAUGCUCUGAACCUUGUACUAUUGUUUCAGUAUUAUUCAGUGAUGUUAUCUUGUUUUCUCUGCA